CCACGUGUACUUGGGUCCACGUGUCGGCAAGGCAUCAUAACGAAGUUUCGCUCCAUAACAGGCACGCUUCCAAUUUCUCUCUCUAAAAGUAAAGCAAUCAUCACAUCACAAAAUCUCUCUAUCUCUCUUCUCUCUCUAAAUCGGGUUCGGUGCUGCACUUUUAGAUUCAUAACAUCCCUAAUUCACCGAAUUCCGAUCGGUUUUCCGAGACCGGCAACAACUUUCCUCUUUCAAUUUUCCAAUUCUAAGGAAACUGUCUUCAAUUUUCUCGAGAAGCUUAUUUAGGGUUAAGCAGGCACGCGCGCGCAAUCCUCGAGAGACAGAGAGAGAGAUUCAAUAAUAUAGAAUGAGUUUUCAAGACAUCGAGGCCGGCCGGCCGUUCGCUUCCCGCCGAGGCAACAUCAACGGCAAGCAAGACCCCACUCAGGCGGUGGCUGCCGGAAUUUUCCAGAUCAACACUGCGGUCUCCACCUUCCAGAGGCUCGUUAACACCCUAGGAACCCCCAAAGACACCCCCGAGCUCCGCGAGAAGCUGCACAAGACAAGGCUGCACAUUGGACAAUUGGUGAAGGACACUUCAGCGAAGCUUAAACAAGCUAGUGAAAUUGAUCACCAAUCUAAUAUCAAUGCAAGCAAGAAGAUAGCAGAUGCUAAACUCGCGAAAGAUUUUCAGGCAGUGUUGAAAGAAUUUCAGAAGGCACAGCGUCUUGCGGCAGAGAGGGAAACAGCUUACACCCCAUUUGUUCCACAAGCAGCUCCAUCCAGCUAUACAGCUAAUGAAGCAGUUGCUAAUUCUGGUAAGAUGCCAGAACAGCGUGCCCUUCUUGUGGAAUCCAGAAGGCAGGAGGUGGUGUUUUUAGAUAAUGAGAUUGCCUUCAAUGAGGCUAUCAUUGAAGAAAGAGAUCAAGGCAUUCAAGAAAUUCAGCAGCAAAUUGGUGAAGUAAAUGAAAUUUUUAAAGACCUUGCUGUGCUUGUGCAUGAACAAGGAGCUAUGAUUGAUGAUAUUGGGUCCAACAUUGAGCAUUCCCAUGCAGCAACUGCACAAGCAAGAUCUCAACUUGCUAAAGCUUCAAAGACUCAAAGAUCAAAUUCAUCUUUGGUAAUAUAUACUGCGUAAUAUUUGCUUUAAGAUUUCACCUCUCAUAUGCGUAGUUUUAGAUGUUGGAUUUC